AAAAAAAAAAAAAAAAAAAAAAACAUUGAAAGCUUUCCUUCCAUCCAGAGCAGCAGCUGCAGGUCCGGGGGAACUCCUAACUCUACAACAUGAGCGAGUCACUGGUGGUGUGCGAUGUGGACGAGGAUCUGGUCACAAAGCUGAAGGAGUUCCGUUUCCGCAAGCAGACCAAUAAUGCGGCCAUCAUCAUGAAGAUUGAUAAAGACAAGCAGCUCGUCAUUCUUGAAGAAGAGCACGAGGAUAUUUCUCCUGAUGAUCUAAAGGACGAACUGCCUGAAAGACAACCAAGAUUUGUCGUCUAUAGUUACAAGUACCAACAUGACGACGGACGCAUCUCUUAUCCCCUCUGCUUCAUCUUCUCCAGCCCAGUAGGCUGCAAACCGGAGCAGCAGAUGAUGUACGCGGGAAGCAAAAACAAACUGGUGCAAACUGUCAACCUGACGAAGGUGUUUGAGAUCAGAAACACAGAGGACCUAACAGAGGAGUGGCUGAGAGAGAAACUCGGCUUCUUCCGCUAAAAAGGGGAGCAUCUUACCCAGCGGAUUGGGAUCAAGAUCGCACAACUUGUGUCGUCUCUUGGGGAGAGCACACCACAAUCCAUGUUCCCUUCCUAUUUGUGCCAGACCUGGGUCAAAUAGUGUCUGCAAAUACUUUUUUUUUUAUGGUCUGUUUAAGCCCACGUUGGCGGCGGGUCGGUGCAUUUUGCUGUGUUACUAUUCAAAGAGUGUCAGAAAGACAAGACAAUAACAGGAAUGUAUUGGCACCAUGGAAAUCACUCUGGUGAAGUCGAACCCGCCCAGCCGCUCCUCCAAAACGAGCUACGCCAACGUUAAAAAAACGAUUUGAACACACUAUUUGCAACAGGUCUGCUCUUACCUCCCAUACAAUCUCUCCAUGUGCCAGUUUUGUGUCUGUGUUGAAUUAACACUCCCAUAAGUGGACAGAAAAUUCUAGUACUUAUCCGCCCCGUAAAGCUUGAGCAUUCAGGAGAAACUCAAAGGCAUUGUAUAGACAGUUUUUCUUAAGAUAUCCUUAAUUAGUUUACACGUUUGCGACUGUAGACAUCCUCAGAUUUGUCACAGACUUUAAGUCACCUGGUUAUUUUUUUAUUUUUAUUUUUAUUUCUUUUUUGAGGGAGUCGUACUUUUAGGACUGUAGACGUCCUCAGUUUCAUUUUUUUUUUUUUUUUUAAUAUUUUGUCACAGACUCUUAAGUCAACUGGUUAUUUUUUUGGUGGAGUUGUACUUUUAGUAAUUUUAGUUUUUUUUAUCCAGCUAUCACUGGUAGUACCUAGGGUGAUGUAAAAAAUAUACUUUGUAGCAUUCAUUUCAUUUAGUCCUCAAUGAUAAUAAUAUUGAUGAUGAUGCACUUCCUGCCGGAAAACCUGAACAAUCAUAGCUACAAUUCAAAGAUCAACGUAGAGCUUUGUUUUAGUCACUUGCUCGAUCUGUAUAGGCGUAUAAUUUAUAAUUCAGGCCAGAAGAAUCGUAGUCACUCCUGUCUACAGAGGACAAAAACACUAAGACAGUUUGGCAGGUGGCGCUCCUCAGAAUAAUUUUUAAUGUGUUGAUAUCUCCUCUGCACAUGAACAAGCUGGCGUCAGCCCCGUGUUUUACUGACUAUUCAUGCGAGUCCCUCUACAAGCAAGUGGUGCUUUGUAAAGUAACAGCCUGCAGACAACGGCCGAGACGCUGAAUCACAUCUUUUCAUCUUUUGUUUGGAGGAGAAACUGUGUGAUUCACGCUGAAACGGCAGCAAGAUCAAGCUGCCCUCUACCUUUUGACCUGUUUUGGUUUGUUUUGUUUUUUUACAGUGACACACGUGUCUCCUGGAAACAGUAUUUCCACUGAAACAUUCCUGAAAGAGCUUCUGUUUUCCCGACAGAACAACUCACUUCUCACAAGACAGCUCUGUCUCGAAAACGCUGCACAGACACAGAGCGCCGUCGCCUGCCCUCCUUUUUAAUCUACUGGGCUCUGUCACAGAAGUGGGUUACUCUUAUCUUUUGGGAGAUUGUCAGCUAUUAUUGUGCAUUACAGCUCUUACUGUUAUUACUGUUUAUGAAUGUCGUGCUAAAUUCCGAUGUAAAGUCACCUGGCGUAGCCUUCAGGCGCUCGGUGUCGAGGACCACGGCCGUGACUUCUCCAAAUGCCAGCUGUGCUUAACAUUUAGACUUGGUAGGGAAAAAAAAAAAAGGACAACAUCUGGGUAACAUUCCACUUCACACAGAACAGGGCUCCUCACAUUAUCGGUUUUGGACGGCAGAUACUGAUGUUUUUGUACCAAAUCUGCCAGUAGCUGAUAUUUUGUACCAAUAUUUGCGAUCAGUAAAUCUAAAAAUCUUUAAAUCUCAAUUUUUAAUGCCAUAGAAAUAUUUAUAGAUGUAAAAUUUCCCCAGAAUUUUAUGCGUCACAGGGAGGAACAGCUUUGAAACCAGUGCUAACGAAUAAACCUGCACACCCUAAUCCUUCAGGCUUCAUAGCAUUAAUUAAAAAAAAAAAACAAUUGCAUGAAUAAAAAUACAUUUUGCAAAGAAAUUAAAAGUCACUUGCAGGUGAUACAGUCAGUGCAGUGACUGACAGAUGCCUGAUGUUGAAUAAAAGCCCAGUGUCGGUUCGAUAUAUCAGUAAACCGAUGCACCAGUGAGACCCAAACACACAAGAAUAUGCAACGAAUUCCCAGAUUUCCCCUGUGAGUGUCGUCCGAGACGCUCGGUUGGAAACAGACAUGCGAGGGCGGCGGCCGGCUUCAUGCCUGAGGGCAGGAAGUCGCCACGUGUUCAGUAUGAUGUCACUCUGCUAAGUCUACCUUACCAAUGCCUUGUCUUAAAUAUUUUUUUGUCAUAUUUAUGUCUGUUUUGGAAAAUCCACGAGGCCAAAAUGAAAAUGUGUAACAAAAAGAAUCUGUCAGAAACUGGCUGGUGAACAGGAGAAGACUGAAACCGCUUUAUUGAUUACUUUUUUUUUUUUUUAAGACACUCAUUUAAAAAAAAAAAAAAAAACUUUCUGAUCUGUUAUGUCCGAGAGAGUUUGUCUUUGUUUGUUGUGUCUAAAUCUGUAAGUGUAACUCUGGUUAUAAUGGAAGACGUAGAAAAAACACAGCUCGAACACACGUACGCACAACCCCGCCGCUUCAUGUGCAUCAUGCGUCGAUGUCAAAUUUGAUCGAUUUAGACAUUGGUUAUUGAUUGACAUGUGAGAGCAGGGUUCAGCUCAGUUAUGGGAUAAAACUGUAAUCGCUCGUUUUGAUGUCUACUGAUGGAACUGAUAUUAAUAACAGCUUGGUGUUGGUGCUGCUGCUGCAAAACAAACAAACAAAAAACCUUGUAACUCCAACUUGGGUGAUUUGUCAUGUUUGUGAUUUCCAUGUCCUUACUUGAACUGAAGGUGCACACUGUCCUUUAUAGGCAGAGCAGGUUUUAUGACCCUAGGGCCGGUGAAACCUUUUAAAAAAAAAACAUGGGAAAUUUCCAGACUCUAACAUCAGUCAGCUUUUUGAGGACUUUUUGAAGCUACAAGAUUUUACUCUGACAGAAGCGAUAUAGCCUAACUCUGAAACAGUCUUUGUAUCUCAUUUAAAAAAAAAAUAUGUGCAAUGUACUCGUUUCAAUGUGAAUACAACAAAAAGUAUAUAUGUAUAUUCCUCAGCUAUUCUCCUUUUUUUGAAAGGAAAAAACCUCCAAAAAAUGUGGCAAGCUACUGUAAAACAAAUGUGCGUCUGUGUGUGUGUGUGUGUGUGUGUGUGUGUGUGUGUGUGUGUCUGAACAGUUUGCAUAUGCCUGACAAAGACUCCCAACAAUAAUUGAAGAGCUUUGCCGUUCUGUUGCAUAUUCAUAACCAAAACUAUCCGGUUAAUUUGAUCUGAUACAGCUGAUCUGCAUGCCGGCUCCUCACACAGGGGCGUCAUUUGCAUCUCAAACAGAUCCUCUCCUUUUGAACUCUAAUCUCGCUCUUUUCGAAAGAUUUCCAGCGUUGUCUCACUCUACUAUUGCACUUAAUCCACGGAUGGUGAAAAAGAGGACUGUGAUAGACUUUAUGCUUCAGAUAUAUGCAUCAAAAAUAAAUUUAGUAUGAUAUUUUCCCCCGGUUUAUUCCAGUAGCGGUCCCACAUGUAGGUUUACGUCCUGUGGAUCUGAGCUCUCUCUCUCUCUCUCUCCUGCUGCUGUUUCUUUGGCCUCGCUGGUCUUUUUUUACUUUCUCCUGCACACGUGUUUCAUGGUUUGGCUGUUCUCUCUGAUCAAACGCCUAUUAUUAUUAUUCCCCUCCUCCUCCUCCUCCUCCUCCUCUUUCCUUUUUAAUAGCACCACACCUGAAACAUGUAACAUAACCAGCUGCCUCAUGGCAUCAGUGAAACUCGUGAAAUAUUUGUAUUUUUCCAUACUUUAUACAGUGUCUAAUAAUGUCCCAAUAAAACGACAGUGAUGUUUA